AUGCCGCUGCACCGGUACGCGCCGCGGCUCUGGCCCGCCCUGCGGCUGCGGGAAGGCAUCUGUGCGCGGCUGCCGGAGCACUACCUGGCGGCGCUGCGGGACGAGACGCCGCCCACGCCCGUGCACUGGCGGCCGCUGGGCGUGCGCUACCGGCGGAACCCGCGCACCGGGGAGCGGGAGCGCGUGCAGGACGUGCCGGUGCCGGUGUACCUGCCGCCCGCUGCCCACGAGGGGCUCUGGGGCGGCGAGGGCUGGAUCCGCGGCUUCCGAUAUGCGCGCAACGAUAAGCUCUCCACCAGGCUGCCCAAGACGUGGAAGCCGCAGCUCUUCGACCGGCAGUUCUACAGCGAGAUCCUCGACGCCACGCUGACCAUCACCGUCACCAUGCGGACGCUGGACCUCAUCGACGAGGCCUACGGCUUUGACUUCUACAUCCUCAAGACUCCAAAAGCUGAUAUGUGCUCGAAGCUCGGGAUGGAUUUGAAGCGAACGAUGCUGCUGCGACUUGCACGGCGGGAUCCUAAACUGCAUCCCGAUGAUCCAGCCAGAAGAGAGGCGAUCUAUAAUAAGUACCAGGAAUUUGUGAUCCCAGAAGAGGAAGCCGAAUGGGUUGGCUUGAGUUUAGAAGAAGCAAUAGAAAAACAGAGGCUCCUAGAAAAAAAGGACCCUGUCCCACUCUUUAAGGUGUAUGCUGAAGAGCUCGUCAACCAACUGAAAGAACAGGCACUGCAGAAGCAGUAGAAGGAAAGAAACCUUUGGAGCAGAACCCCGGCUGCAGAUCAAACUAUGGGGUUCAGUGAGUCUUCUGUCUGAACCACACUUGCGUGUAAGGGGCCACGUGAAGAGCGUGCCCAGGAGCACGUUGCAGCUACUGAAGUCUAACGACAGCCUAAAUUGAGUGAGGAACCGUUCCUGUGGGCUGAGGAAAGGAUUUCUGUCCUGUGGCCUCUGAAAGUGUUCUUGUAAGACUGACUUAAUGUGGUGGUUCUGCCUGUACAAGUAGUUGGCUGCUGUUGAGAGCUCGAUCACGAUAUAAAAUGAAAUAUGCGUUUUGGGAAUAUCAGUAAACUUUUCUCUGAUACUCAUCGCUCAUUAGUGUAUUAUAGCAGGGACUGCGAGAGGCAGUGUUGGUGUAACUUAGAUCAAUCCCCGGCCUUCUGCAGCAGAGAUGAUUGUGCCCCAAAAGGGUGACCCCAAACCCCCCGCCUCAAGUGGUGCCUGCCAGCAGGUGGGGCUGAGCGCCCCGGCCGCAGUCGCUGGCCGUACAGCUCACUCUAAUCCCUGGGGUUCCAGCGCUGUUUCUGUUUGAAGUUGGUGACUUUUAAAAUCUUCUGUUUUCUAAAAAUGUAGCUGAAGUGGGUGUUCAAGCCUUUGCUCCUGUCUGGCAACAAGAGACUGGAAAGCACGUGCCAUAAUUACAUGCUAGUGA